AUGGCGCCGGGGGGCGGGGGCGGGCGGCGGGACGGCUGGCCGGCCCGAGGGCGCCUCCUCCUGGCCGCGCUGCUGCUGCCGCUAUGGACGCGGGCGGCCAGCGGCCAGAGCAGCCCCCAGCAGAGCGUGAUCCUGGGCAUGAGGCUGGCGAGCUGCAACAAGUCGUGCGGGAUGAACCCGGAUGGCAUCAUCUUCGUGUCCGAGGGCAGCAUGGUGAACUUGAGGCUCUAUGGCCACAGCCUGAGCGAGAUCUCCAGCAACCUGAUCUCCUUCACAGAGGUGGACGACGCCGAGACGGUCCACAACUCCACCAACUGCCUGGAGCUCACCAAGGACUUAGUGGUCCAGCGGCUGGUCAACGUGAGCCGCGGGAACACGUCGGGGAUGCUAGUGGUGAUCACCAAGUUCUUGAGGAGGAGCGAGAACAUGAAGCUGUACGCGCUGUGCACCCGGGCCCGGGUGGACGGGCCCUGGUUCAAAUGGACAGACAAGGACUCCCUGCUCUUCAUGGUGGAGGAGCAUGGGAGGUUUCUGCCUCUCUGGUUGCACAUCCUUCUCGUUUUGGUGCUGUUAGUGCUGUCGGGUAUAUUUUCUGGCCUCAACCUGGGGCUUAUGGCCCUGGACCCGAUGGAACUGCGCAUCGUGCAGAACUGUGGAACUGAAAAGGAAAGAAGGUACGCCCGCAAGAUAGAGCCCAUCCGGCGCAAGGGCAACUACUUGCUCUGCUCGCUGCUCCUGGGGAAUGUGCUGGUAAACACCUCCCUCACCAUCCUUCUAGACAACCUCAUCGGGUCUGGCAUCAUGGCAGUGGCCUCCUCCACCAUUGGCAUUGUCAUCUUUGGGGAGAUCUUACCUCAAGCCCUGUGCUCCCGACACGGGCUGGCUGUGGGUGCCAACACUAUUGUUCUCACCAAAGUCUUUAUGCUGCUCACCUUUCCUCUGAGUUUCCCCAUCAGCAAACUCCUGGACUUCUUCUUGGGUCAGGAGAUUCGCACUGUUUACAAUCGGGAGAAGCUGAUGGAGAUGUUGAAGGUGACAGAGCCCUAUAAUGACCUGGUGAAGGAGGAAUUAAAUAUGAUCCAGGGCGCCCUGGAACUAAGGACCAAAACUGUGGAGGAUAUCAUGACCCAGCUCCACGACUGCUUCAUGAUCCGCAGUGAUGCCAUCCUGGACUUCAACACCAUGUCAGAGAUCAUGGAAAGUGGCUAUACUCGCAUUCCUGUGUUUGAAGAUGAGCAAUCCAAUAUCGUAGAUAUCCUUUAUGUCAAAGACUUGGCUUUCGUGGACCCUGAUGACUGCACCCCGCUCAAGACUAUCACUCGCUUUUACAACCACCCGGUACAUUUUGUUUUCCAUGACACCAAGCUGGAUGCCAUGCUGGAGGAAUUCAAGAAGGGGAAGUCCCACCUGGCCAUCGUGCAGAAGGUGAACAAUGAAGGGGAGGGCGACCCCUUCUACGAGGUGCUGGGCUUGGUCACACUGGAGGACGUCAUUGAGGAGAUCAUCAAAUCUGAGAUCCUGGACGAGUCGGACAUGUACACUGAUAAUCGAUCCCGGAAACGGGUAUCUGUGAAGAACAAACGUGACUUCUCCGCCUUCAAGGAUACUGACAAUGAACUCAAAGUGAAAAUCUCACCUCAGCUUCUUCUAGCUGCUCAUCGCUUCCUGGCCACAGAGGUGCCCCAGUUUAGCCCCUCUCUGAUAUCAGAGAAGAUCCUGCUCCGACUGCUCAAAUACCCAGAUGUCAUUCAGGAGCUCAAGUUCGAUGAACACAACAAGUACUACAUUCGUCAUUACCUGUAUACCCGGAACAAGCCAGCUGACUACUUCGUCCUCAUCCUGCAGGGGAAGGUGGAAGUAGAAGCAGGAAAGGAGAACAUGAAGUUUGAGACAGGUGCCUUCUCGUACUAUGGGACCAUGGCCCUAUCCUCGGCAACCUCGGACCGGUCCCCAGCCCACCCAACUCCACUCAGUCGCUCAGCCUCCCUCAGUUACCCGGACCGCAACAUAGACAUGACAUCCGCCUCAUCUCUGGCAGGCAGCAACCAGUUUGGGAGCUGCAUUCUGGGCCAGUAUGUGUCUGACUUCAGUGUCCGGGCGCUCACAGACCUGCAGUACAUUAAGAUCACAAAGCAGCAGUACCAGAAUGGGCUGCUGGCCUCCCGCAUGGACAACAGCCCUCAGCCCACCUUUGAUGGCUGUGCCACCUGCUCAGAGAACUUUACUGAGAAGUCUGAACUUCCUGUGGUGGAUGAGACCACAACUCUUCUCAAUGAACGCAACUCCUUGCUGCACAGAGCCUCCCAGGAGGGCGCCAUCUGACAGGAGGGCCCGGAGACUCCUGCCCACCCUGCGGGGGUCUCCCCAGUGGGCCCACAUGACGUCAGGGAGCCUGUUAGGCUAGAAGGGGUGCAGGUAGAUAUCCUGCCUGACUGAGCAACUAGACAUCCCUCCCAGGGGAUCUGGCUGCAGAUGGGGACCUCUUAACAGCUCUGACAUGAUGCCUGCCCAGCCCAGCUAGUGAGCAAAGGCUGUUUUUGUCUUUUUUUUUUUUUUUUUAAAAAAAAAAGAAAAAACACUGAGAGAAUUUUUAAGCUAGGCUCAUUGCUCCUCUUUUUAAAUGUCAUUUUGGGAAGGGAAGACAGGGUUAAGGAACUUUAUGUAUAAAAAAAAAAAGAAAAAAAAGAAAAGAAUUUUUUUUCCAAGAAACCAUACAAACUUUAAAAGGGGAAAAGGGUUCUUCACCCCAGGAAAUAACAGCCAUAACCUGUUACUGGCCAAGACCUUGUAGCCUGUGUCUAUUGCUCUAGGAACCACUCUUUUGCAGCAAUGGGGGUCUGGAGCCCACAGGAGGGGAUCCUGGGAGGAAGACAGUUCUACCUAGGAAGCAGGGAUCCAAAUGAUACUGACAUCAACUGCCAGGACACAUGCACUGAGGUCACUGAGGCUGAAAGGUGCUGGGUAACCGACCAGGGACACGAUGACCCCGGCAGCAGAGAGGAAGACAUCAACUCUUGUCAACUACCAGAUCCAGUGAGCUCCUAAAACUCUGUCCACAGGCUUUCCUGGUGAGUGGGGACUCCGCCGACAACCACCCUCUGGCUCUCCUCUUCCCCUUUGGACAAUUUUCUCUUGUAAGGGUCUGGCUCCAAGAGUGAGGCAUGGUCUUGGCUCUACGGUUGUUUAUCUGCUUCUUGGCCAUGCCCUCCGUUUUACCAAAGGUCUCCUCUCAGAGGGGACAGCACCUACAUUAGAAGUGACUUAUCAGCUAAUUCUUUUGGUUCCAGGGCUGAAUCUGACCGUAGGUCACUGCUAUACCCACCCACAGCUGCAAGAAGAGUCAGGGUUCAGCAGCUCCCCCAAGAAGACUUCUUCCCCAGCUCCCCGUUCCUCUCUCUACACUCAUCCCUCUAGGGACUGGGGACAGGACACGCUGAAGGUCACCCCAGCUGGGGCAUCACACCCUUGCCUGUAGCUAGCUGAGGGUCAUCUGACCUCACUUGCCCACUUAAGGACCCUCUGCCAUCAGGGUUUCAGUAAUGGUUCCCUUUGCCUGAGGAUUACCUAGUGAGAGGGCAAAGCUUGGGCUGACGCUGUUGGUACUGCUGAGCACUGCACACCAUGGGAAAUCCUACCCCAGUGCCACCCUGGGAAUCCUGAGUGGAAUCAGGCCAUGGGGCGAAGUUCCACAACUCUAUUGUAAGGAGACUUGAGGACCAUAGGCCACAUCUUCCCUUUUGUUAGGAGGAAUAGGAGCUGGGGUAUAAGAUCCAGGCAAGUUAGAACGUGGCCUUUGGUGACAUUUAGUCACUCUUUGUCUCAGCUAGUAGAGUUCUGUCACCCCAAACGCUGCUGUGUAUCCAGAGAAUCCUCACUUCUAGAACCAGGGUGUCUUGUACCCCUGGCCAGUCUGAGGUCUCCCCAACUCACAGAAUUUACUCCUAGAAGCCUGGAGAAGACGGUGGUUUUCAACUCUAAGGGAAAAGACAGUAGACCUCCGCGUCCUUAAGAAACCCUUAGUUUUCUGUAGGUGCAGCAUGCUCCCGUGUCCCAGCUGUGUUCCUGAGAGACCAAGGUGCCAGGCAGAGCAAAACCGCGUGGUGGGUGUGAGGCAAAAGUAGCAGGUACACACACUUCCACAGCUACCUCUCUGCACACACAGUUACCACCAACAGACAGGCCUCUCUCUCCCAGCCCUCCCCUUCCUCAUUUAGAAUCACUUCUUGCAGAGGGUCAUAAUUAUUUCCAAAUAUUACUGGUCUGAUGACUUCCUCCUCCCAGUGCAAUUUUUCACUUCCUCUUCCAACCUCUGGUUCCUGGGCUGAGCCAUACCCUGGAACUGGCCUGGUCUGUAUGUCUUCCCAGGUAAGGAAGACUUCACAAGUGGCAUCCAAAUGGGGAGGCAAGUCACAGUCGCCGUAGCAAAUGACUCCUAUUUAUUUUGCAUUAAGAUUUUAAUUUGUAUAUUUUUGUGAUUUAUUUUGACAUUGUUAUGAGUUUGACUCUCGGGGAGUUUUGUUGUUAUGACUCUUGUGUCUUUUGUCACAAAACAAUGAUAAUAUUUGCUAAACAAUAUAUGGAAUUUAUUUUUGAUUGGUAAUAAAAAAUGAAAUGCAUAUAAGUCUUGGUGAGCAUAUAACUCGGAUGUUUUGCUUCUGAACGCAUUUACUGUAUGUUGUAGAGACUGGCUGUCACUUGUGACAGGACUAGGGCAACUGAAUAUUCUGGAACUGUUUGGAAGUGAAAUGUAAGCAGAACUGUAAUUUACAAGCUAUUAUAAUCACGGCAGUUGCCACAGGAGUUGUGGAGGGGUAACUGCUGGCAGAAACAGGGCAAAUAAAUCAGAUGUCAUAGGA